AUGAGUUUCACAACUGACGAUAGCCUUAUGACCCUAUUGCGAACAACAAUAAUCAUUCAAGGAAGAAAAUGUGGUUUAGAUGAUAUUCAUAUUGAUGCUGUAGAAAAAAUAGCUGAUACAACAAUUAAUUUUCUAAAAAAUAUUCUUGAACAAUUAGCCAAUGAUUGCUCAAAAACAUCCACGUUGCCUUUAUCAUCAUUUGAUUUACAAAAUGUUCUUCGUCUGAAUCCUCAUAUAGUUCCAUGUCGAUCAUUAUAUUUUUCUCUAAUGGAAACAAUCAAUCAUUCUUUAGAACACGAAACAUCGUUAGAUAAUAAUAUAAAACUUUUUCAGUUUUCACAGCAAUACAGAAUGGUAUUUGUGAAACUUGAAAGGGCUCUAAAACGAGCUGAUGAAGAUGUGAUUAUGAGUUUUUUAAAAUAUGGGGAACAGAAGUGUAUAGCUGCAAGACAAACAGAACAAAAUGCUAUCGUAGAUAUUGACGACGUGAAAAAAUUACAAACACCAGAAAGUUUAUUAUUGGGUAUUGUUUCCGGUGAAUCCCAAUUAAAUCAUGCUGAUCGUGAUAUUUUAGCACUAUGGUUAAAAUUUGUUUGUGAAUCUUAUAAACGAUGUUUAGAUUUAUUAAAAAACAAUAAUCGUGUUGAAAAAAUUUAUCAAGAUGUUGCAAGAUCAUCACACUACUCUUAUGAUGAUCAACGAGAGAAUUGUGAAACACCUCAAAAUAGAAAUACUGGCGAUGGUUCAGCAAAACAAAUCAGGAAUGGCAUCGGAGAAAUGGACUCCAAGAGCAACAUUACCACCUACAUCAUCAAAGUCAGUGAAUUUGGUUAUUUGUCACUUGUGCACAAUAACUGGUUGCUUCUUUUAGGCGGAAUAGACUUAAAUGUCUUAAAGAAUCAAUUGAAUCUGCUCGGCACGAUUAGUAGAUGA